AUGGCCCUCAGCAGCGAGCGCUUCGGUGCCAUUGUGGGGAGGACCGUUAAAAUCACCUUAAAAUGUGGCGUCUUCCAGGGGGUGCUGCAGCACGUCAACCCCGACCGGAGCCUCCUCCUGCGGACAGUGAAGAACUUGGAAACUGGCAGAAGCACUCCAGGAGUAAAGAUGUUUUUUGGCCAUGAAAUAGUCAAUGGUGAGGCUUUUCUUGCUGCAGUUUGGGGCACAGGGAUCAUGCCCACUUUUAUGGAAUUGCUGGAUGAACCAGAUUCAGGGAAGGGAACAGCAAUGCUCUCUGAGUGCACUUCAGCUGUUGAAGGGAACAAACAAGCGGACACAGGACCAGCAGGUUGUGGCCCAUGGACUUCUUGCAUUUCCCAAGAGAGCCAGCUCAGAGCCUCAAAUAGCUUAAAAUACUCCCUCUCAGAGGAGAAGGAAGAAGAGAAUGUGGAGUACACAGUUGUUGAUUCUUUUCAGCAGAAAUUUGGCUCAGCAGUGCUGCACCUAAAACAGCAGUGUGUUGUCAGUGUAGCAGGAGACGGUGUUAAUUUGUGUCGUCACGGAAAACUCUCAUGGCUUGAGAUGGCAACAAAGAGCCAUAUUUUUCUAUUUGAUAUCUUCCUUCUGGGACCUCAAGCUUUCAAAAAUGGAUUACGAAUGGUGCUGGAAGAUGAAAACAUCUUGAAGGUCAUGCAUGACUGCCGCUGGAUCUCAGACUGCCUGUUUCACCAGUACGGUGUCCUUCUCUUCAAUGUCUUUGAUACACAGGUUGCUGAUGCUCUGCAGUUCUCCAUGGCAACAGGUGGCUUCUUUCCGGAUCGUGUCUGCACGUUACAGGAGUGUUUGAUGCAGCACUUGAAGAUACCUUCCAAAUGGGACGCCAUCAUGAAGUGCAGGCAGCAGAUGGCUUCAGAGAAUCCUGACAUAUGGUUCUUGAGACCUUUUCCAGCUCCUCUGCUUAAAGCACUUGCUCUGAAGGCUAUGUACCUUCUGCUGCUCCACUCAUCUCUAAUGGAUAACUUGAUGUCUGACCUAACAACUGUAGUAUGUGGUUAUUUAAAUGCUUAUCGGACUGGGUCUGGAGAUCACCUUGGGAGCACAAAGUUACAAUUUACACUCAUGCUCCACUUUGGACCCUUGUUGAACAGCAGUCUGUCUGAUCUGGAAACUAACUUCCAUCACUCCAGAUGUUUUGCUGGAAAUAGCAAAGAAACAGAGUCCUUAUGGUCAGCCAGUGGGCAGCCCUUCCAGCAAGACUUCAACCUUGCUUCUGGAGAGCCAAACACACUCUUUUGUCAUUUGAUAGUUGUUUUGCAGGUUAACAGAAGAUGUACUGAGGAGCUGGCCCAUGAGCCGGUAUGCCAGCCCAUUUGCAUGGAGCUGCCAGAGGACCUGCGUCAGCUGGCAGACAUCCAGAAGCUACGAAGGGAGAAAGCAAUAAAAGACUACAUAAUGAAUGAGGAUGGUCUUUUGAUCAGACCAGCCAUGGAAUUAAAAGAGGGAAACGAUCCACAGAAGGAUGGCAACUACAGAGAUGAUGGGGAUCGCUUUCCCACAAAUAAAGCUGUGUCUCAAAUUACAUCCUUCUACAAUCAGGAUGUACUUUGUCAAGAAAAGCUUGAAAAUCAAAAUGAAGUGGUAAAUCUGUGGAAGAACCUUAAACUGACCUCAAGCUGUCUGCACGAAUCUAAUUUCUGAUACAGGUGACUUGAUGAGCUUAGACUGGGUAUUUGAAGACAUGCAAAUGAAAAAAGGGGCUAUUCCCCAUGCAGAAGUGUCAAACAAAAGCUCCUUUCUUUACAAUGACAGGUAAACCCAUUGCUGAAUGGAGAGAAUGAUGGGCUUUCUUUUGAAGGAAAUUCCUUCUUUGUCUGACUGUUCUUCUCGAGAUCUAUGUUUGAGAUCCAUUUUUUUUCA